GAGUGGACUAUUCCACCGGGUCUUUCAAACAUGGCGGACGUGAAACCCUCCAACUCGAAUAAUCCCAUUGUUUUCUUCGAUAUUUCUGUCGGCGGACAGGAAAUUGGCAGGAUAAAAAUGGAGCUGUUUGCAGACAUCGUUCCAAAAACUGCUGAGAAUUUCAGAGUACUCUGCACAGGAGAAUACAGAAAGGAUGGAGUGCCUAUUGGGUUCAAGGGGUCAUCAUUCCACAGAGUCAUUAAGGACUUCAUGAUCCAAGGAGGAGAUUUUGUCAAUCAUGAUGGCACAGGACUGACUAGUAUCUAUGGCGGUGCAUUUCCUGAUGAGAACUUCAAACUAAAACACACAGGACCAGGCAUGCUGUCCAUGGCCAACAGCGGUCCCAACACGAACGGCUGCCAGUUUUUCAUCACCUGUGCCAAGUGUGACUUCCUGGAUGGCAAACACGUGGUGUUUGGUAAGGUGGUGGAUGGAAUGUUGGUAGUCCGGAAGGUGGAGAAUGUGCCAACUGGACCCAAUAAUAAACCCAAGAUCCCUGUCACUGUGGCACAAUGUGGAGAGAUGUGAUGACUGGAAGACUGUUAGUGAAAGGAUUGAGUAUAGAAUGAUAUACUUAAGUACAAUAUAUAUGGUAGUACUACAUUUUGUAGUACAUGUAGCACAAGAUGCCUCUAUGGGGACAUUUUUAAGGUAUACAUGUUUGUAGGAUGCAGUUUUGAGUUUUUGUAAAUCAUUGUACUGUACGAGUAACAAAUGAGGAAAAGGUCUACAGUACCUUGUUAAUGUAUAAUUGCAAUGAACAAGAAAAAAGACGAAGGUUAGCGCAAGAUUUUACGAAUAACUAGCUAUUGUGAACUCUUUUGUAAGCAUCCUGAUAUAUUGCCAAAUCAUUCCAUGUAAUAUGUACAUGUAACAUUUGUGGCUUCAAGUCACUACUCAAACAUUAUAAUAUUGAUCGUCAUCUUUCACAAGGAGACAUGGUAUCAUGGUACAAGGAAUAAAACAACUCAUUUUGCUUA